AUGGGGUGCUUUCCUUCUCGGUCAUCCGUUGACUGUUGCUUUAUCGCCGGCGCUGAUACUGUAAAAACAAGUGCUAAUGCUGACCUCCCCCGUGUGGCCGCCGUGUGCCUCCGCUGGCGCCCACUCGCCCUCGACCCCUCGCUGUGCUGCGCUGCUCACCCUGAGUUCCCCACCCACCCUGUGGUACCUGACAGGCUGACCUCCCCCGCUGACCUCCCCCGUGUGGCCGCUGUGUGCCUCCGCUGGCGCCCACUCGCCCUCGACCCCUCGCUGUGCUGCGCUGCUCACCCUGUGUUCCCCACCCACCCUGUGGUACCUGACAGGCUGACCUCCCCCGCUGACCUCCCCCGUGUGGCCGCUGUGUGCCUCCGCUGGCGCCCACUCGCCCUCGACCCCUCGCUGUGCUGCGCUGCUCACCCUGUGUUCCCCACCCACCCUGUGGUACCUGACAGGCUGACCUCCCCCGUGUGGCGGCUGUGUGCCGUCGCUGGCGCCCGCUCGCCCUCGACCCCUCGCUGUGCUACUCUGCCUUGCCUUCUGCCGUUCCCACUGCCUGCUCUCCCUGCGCCUCCCCCAUCCACUGUCCCCUUUGCUGCUCUAAAGCCAUCCCUGUCCCCAUCUCGUUCUCCCCCCACCCGUCCCCUUCCCUCUCUCCGCCAGGCUGACCUCCCCCGCGUGGCGGCUGUGUGUCGUCGCUGGCGCCCACUCGCCCUCGACCCCUCGCUGUGCUGCGCUGCCUUCUGCCGCUCCCACCACCUGCUCUCCCUGCGCCUCUCCCCCUCCGCUGCCCCAGCACCACCAACGCCAGCAUCAGCAUCAGCAUCAGCAUCAGCAUCAGCAACACCAGUGCCAGAGGCAAAGGGCGAUAAGCUGUCAUCCCCUCUCCUCCAUUCCGCCUCCACUCCUGCAUCGCGCUCCCACGCCCACUUGCACUCCCCUCACCCCCCUCGUCCUCUGCUGCUCUCAUCGCCCGCCGCUCCCCCCCGCCACUCCUCUCGCUCCUCGCAUCGCCCGAGUUCGCUCUCUCGCACCCCAUUGGCCGAACCGACUCCAUUGCCAGCCUGGCAGUGCGCUUCCACGUACAGGUGA